AUGUCCUUUUCGUUCUUUAAAAAAAAUGAUAAAAAUCAAGAAAAAGUUUUUAAAUUCAAAAUUGGAAACGAACGAGAAUUUACUAUGUGGCUUCAACUAAACAUAGAACUUCAAAAUGUGCGAGAGAAAUUGGCAACAUAUAAAAAUUAUCCAGAAGCGAAAAAUCUUCAAUUUUUUGAUAAAGCUGGAACUUUAAUAACCUAUGAAUGUGAAAAAUAUUAUAAUUUAGAAACAAUUUGUGAUAAAGAAUCCAUAAUACAUGUAGAAUUUUUGUUAAGAAGUAUUAAUGUUAACGUUGAUGGUUUGGAGGAACAUAUAUUAUAUUUAGACCCAAAAAGUAAACUUACAGAAAUUCGCGAAACAAUUAAAGAAAAAAUGGAAGACAUUAUCAAAGGUGAAUUCUUAUUUUGGAAGCAAAGCGGAGGUAUAAUUAAAACCACCGAAGAAAAUUCGAAUAAUUUAAAAAAAUUUCUCAAAAAUGAUACAUUAUAUAUUUCUAUUUUACAAGAAACUGAAAUAAUUAUUAUCAUUUAUUCUGAUAAGACGAAUCAUCAUAGCUUUAAACGUUAUUUAGAUAAGAGAAUGAGCCUUUCUCAAAUUCGAUCAAUUCUUGCAAACAACAAUUAUACUGAUCCUGAACGCAUGAAAUCAAACUAUAGAUUUUCUGACCAAGAAAAUACGCUUAUCUCAGAAGUAGAUGAAGAUAAAAAAAAGCUUUAUGAAGUUUUACGUAUUAAUGGACGUGGUUCAAACGUAUUAAAUAUUCUUAAAAGAGAUGAUGGCCCUGACUGGACAAAGCUAGUUAAUAAAUGCGGAUAUGGUUUUAUUAUAGAUAAAGAUUCAAUGUUUGUGAAACAAAUUCAAUCUCCCAAACAUCGAGCAUUUACUAUUAAAACAACAACACAACCAUAUGAAGCUACCGAUUAUAAAGACUCCGAAUUUGAAUGUGAGAGCGAAUUUCAGGAAUUACGUAAAAAAAACUUUAUCACAUUUGGAAAGGUUGAUUUUGUAUUGCCAUUUAUUUCGAUUUCCUUUGGACUUGAUCAAAAAUUAUCGCGUGAAAAGCUGAACUCUUAUGAAACAAAUACGAAAUAUUCAUAUAUUCAAAUAAAACGUGCAAAAAUUGACAUAGAUAAAAAUGAUAUUGAUAUAGCUGAUGGGUUCGAAAACGACAUUAAAGUGGCAUUAGAAGAAGAUACUCGCGAUAAAAAAUUAUCAAAACUUAAGGAAAUUGCUGAUAAAUAUGGCCAUUUCUAUGCACAAUCUAUGUCCUUUGGAGGAGUUGUUAUCCAGAAAAUCGAAAGUAUUAAACAUUCAGAUGGAAAUAACUAUGUAACGGAAACAAGAUAUCAAGCAUCAUUAAAUGAAGCAAGCUUAGGUAUAACAUCAAAUACAGAAAAUAGUUUCAACUCAUCAAAAAGUAAAUCUAGCUCCACUCGUGAAAUAAAAGGCGGCAAGAAAGAUGAAUACCAACAAAAUGACCCCAGCUGUUGGAUUACUUCGCUCAAUGAUUCAAAUACUUGGGAUAUUAUUGAAUAUGAUAAUGUUUAUUCGAUUUUUGAUCUAUUAAAGGAUGAUUUACGAAAAAACGUUUUAAAAGUUUUAGGAAAAAAGAUUUUAAAAGAUGGAAUUGAUGAAAUUAUGUACCCUACAAGUGAAAAUAAUCCGUAUGGUCAUGAUAUUGGAUGGAAAUUGGAUGAUAUUUCUAAUAUUGAAGAUUGUGAAAUAUUUUCUACGGUAAUGAAAGAAAACAAUCGACAUAUAUUUUCUUCAUGUGUGGCUUAUGAUGCCCCUGAUGCACCAGUAAUCGUUAUCCAACGUGUUCCAAGCAAAAAAAAGCCACGAAAAAAAUUCAGAAAACUUAAAGUCGGGUGGAUAGUUAUGGGAUAUCCAGACGAUUCUUUUGAUUUUAGUUUGUCAAAUCAUGUUAUAUAUGAAAGUGAAAAAUAUGAAAUAAAUCCGUAUACUUUACAUAAAUUUUCACACCAAGCGGAAUGGUCAAGAGCCAAAAAAUUUACAUUAUCAACAUGCAUGGUAGAUAAAGAAUCGUAUUCAAAUUCGAAUAGAAGAAAUCCUUAUAAUUUAAAAUUAGUAUUUGGCUCAAAUUUCUCUAUCUCAAAGGAUCAUGUGUAUUUAUUCGUCUACAGUUCUGAACAACUUAAUGAGUUAAUAAAAUCAAUAACUGACGAAAAUUUACACAUAAAAUUAUGCAUUUGUACUAUUUAUGUCAGAAAUGACUUAAAUAAUAUGUUUCAGAAAGAAGUUAAAUGGAAUUACAUGAACAUGAGAGAUAAAAUUUUCUCUUCAAAAUUAGAUACAAUUGACUUCGAUGAAAAUAAGCUUAUAUUCGUAAAUCAACUUUUUGAAAAUCCUGAAAAUAACCAUGGAAUUAUAAAUGUUGCAUUUGAAUCUCUUGGCUGUAACUCUCUUCUAUGUGGUUCAUUAAAUAAGAAAUCUUUUACUAAAAAUGAUUUAGAUAUUUUAUGUUUGAAUUAUUCUCAAGAAAAAGACAAAAUGUUUCGAGAAAAAGAUCAAAUACUGUACAAAUACAAUUCUUAA